CUAGCGUCUGAGUGUUUUUUUUUUCGUUGUUAUUGUUAUUGUUAAAAGUAUAGUGCGGAAUGUGCAUCGAUAUACAAAUUCAGUGUGCAAUCGUUUGUUGUUCUUGUUUUUAUUAGUUUAUUUACGACUGCUUACCGCUGCUCUGCUCAACCAUUGCCUUCGAUAAAGAGUGUCGGGUCUCAUUCUUUUUUUUUCAUUUCAAAUUUUUGAACAAAAUUAUGAUCGAGUGCUCGUGAAAAAAAACAUGUGCCGUGGACGCAAAUGGAUCUUCUAAUGCAGUGUUGUUGUAUUAUUUUUUACGUCCAUUCACACGCCACUCAAAGUCGUUGUAAAAAAUCACCGAUAAAACAGCGAUAAUGAGCGCGAAACCAUCAUCGAUGUUGUUAGACACGCCGCUCAUCGUAGCCCGACGGUGGCAAAUUGUAAGUGCUACGCUCGAGCAGCAGCACUGCGUGUUCCAGAAUCAACAACAAAAACAACUGACAAGUGUCAUCGACGGCAAUGCUUCGAUGCGCCGAUAAGCAGGAGAUCGAAAAGGAAGAAGUGCGUGCGCGAGUGCAAUUGAUAAGGAGCUGAAAAGUAAACACAGAAAUUGAUCUUUCGUCUUCAUCGAAAUCGUAUCUCUCGCUCAUCCACGAUCAUCGACUUUCCUUUGCUUCGCCAUUGUGAGGAUAAAAUUAUAUAGAUAAUAAUAAAAACACCAAGCAAACCCUACUCGGCUCGGCCCGCCGCAUCAGUGUCCGGAUGUCCGGCGAAACGGAGAUCGAGGUGUCCGUCGUGUCGGAACCGGAGGAUCUCGAGCUGGAAAAUUCGCGCAGCCGGAGUCCCAGGACACCGACCAGCAGCAGCGAACCACUACCCAACAGCAACAACAACAGCGGUAUGUUGGUCCUGCAUCAGCACCAUCAUCAGGAUACGCACGCGGCCGGCGACAAGGCGGCGUCGACGAACAACAACAACAACGGCAGCUCCGGCCGAGACCGGGGCAAGUCGUCGCCCCCGCCGCCGUUGAGUCCGCCGCCGCAGCCUCGAGAGCUGCCGUUGAGCACGCAGCAGACGACUACCCACCCGUACAGCUUCGACGGCCUGAUGAUGACGGCCAAGGCGGCGCUGAGGCCCGCCUGCAAUCCCCAGUACACGUCGUUCAGCAUAUCGAGCAUACUGGGCCGCACCGAGUCGCCGCCGUCGGACUCGGGCUCGACGGGCGCCGGUGGCGGUCGCGCCUCGCCGCCCCUCCUCAAUCUGCCCAACGGCCAUCAGCCCCAUCAUCAUCAUCUGCAUCAUCAUCAUCAUCAUCACAACAACAACAGUCAUCAUCGCAACAGCAACAACAGUCAUCAUCAUCAUCACAGUAGUCAGCACAACAGCCAUCACAAUCAUCAUCGGCUGCGUAACGACGGCGGCAGCCCCACGAGGAUACUGUCGCCGACGGCCCUCAGACUGGCCAGGACGGCCGACGGUCUGGUUCAGACCAGCAGCGCGAAUAGCAAUAAUGGCAGCAGAGAGAACAACGGCCCCGGUGGCGGUGGAGCUUUCACGGCUACCGAGGCCGCAACGGCAGCGGCAGCGGCGGCCGCCGCCGGACUCAUGGGCCAUCAAGCCUCGGCGGAUCUCAUGCUCUCGAGACUGGGCCUGAUGUCGUCGCUGAUAGCCAGCCGCUACCCGGUGGGCAUCGGCGUCGGGAGCGUCUUCUUCCCGUCGACCCUGCAGCACCUGCACCAGCAGCAACAGCAGCACCAUCACUCGAGGCUGGCGGCUGCGGCCGCGGCGGCAGCCGCGGCUUCGUCGGGCUCGGGCUCGGUCGGAGUCGUCGGAGCCGACGACGGUGGUGCCGGCGAGGGCAUGAGGGCGGUGCUGCCCGGGAGCGCGGCAGCGGCAGCAGCUGCGGCGGCGGCGGCCUCGUGGCCCUUCCCCUGGAGUCGGCCGCCCGGACUGGAGGGUCACGGAGCGGCGCCACCCGGUGGUGGUGGCGCCGGUUCCGACGCCGCCUCGUCGUUCAGUCAUCGGAUAAGCCCGACGUCGGGGUCGUUUCCGCAGAGAGAGGAUCUCGACGGCGACACGACACCGGACGAUCAUCAUCGGGGCGGCGGCGGUAUGCGUCGCUCGCGCAGCCCACUGCUGAGCGGCGACGAGGGCUCGCACGACGAGAUGGGCUGCGACGGCGACGACGGGCCCGACGGCUGCGACGCCGACGGCAACGAGAGAUCCUCCUCGGCCCACGGCCAGAGCAACGGCAGCAACAACGGCCUGGGCGGACAGUCCGGCGGCGGCGGCAGCGACGCCAACGGCAUCAAGCGCAAGAAGAAGACGCGCACCGUCUUCUCGAGGACGCAGGUGUUUCAGCUGGAGAGCACGUUCGACAUGAAGCGCUACCUGUCGUCGUCGGAGCGCGCGGCACUGGCCACCUCGCUUAGACUCACCGAGACUCAGGUAAAAAUCUGGUUUCAAAAUCGCCGCAACAAGUGGAAGCGCCAGCUGGCAGCCGAGAUCGAGACCAACAGCAUAGUCCACGCUCAGCGUCUGGUGCGCGUCCCUAUCCUCUAUCACGAGGCCUCGGUGCCUCAGGGCGGCGGCGGUCCCGGUGGUCCGGGCGUAGUCCCCCAGUCCUCCGCCUCGGCGGUCGUGAGCAGCCAGGCCGGCUCGAUGCCGAUCAGCGUGAGCAGCGGCGCCGGCGGCGGCUCCUCGGGGGUGGUGGGCAGCGGCCUGAGCCACGGCGGGCCCAACUCGGCGGCCUCGGCGGCGGCCCAGACCAUCUUCUAUCAUCAUCAUCAUCAUCACCCGCCCCCGCCACCGCCGCCCCCACCGAACGCCGGCCAAGUGGCCGUCACGUCGACGCAAUAAUGCUAGAGAGCGUAUAAGUAUGUAUGUAUAGAAAAAAAAUGAUGACGAUGAAUCGUGUUAGGCGCGGUGAGGAGAGAUUAGAGGAUUGAAAAAAAUUUAGUAAUAAUUCCAAGACUGAGACACACACAGACAGUAUAUAUUAUAAAUAGAUAGAUAAGUGUUUAUACACAAUGGAUGAAGGUUUUUUUUUCUUGUAAAUAAAACAAAUUAUAUAAUAAUGAUAUAUAUAAAACUUCGAUUGGGUCGUUUCGUGUUUUUUUUUUUUUGUAGACACAAUUCGAGUACCAAAGUGUGAUGUUCGUGUAAAUUUUACGUUUUUAUGUAUGAUGUAUAUUUAUUCGUAUAUAUAUUAGACAAGUAAUGAUUUGUAAAUACAUGUAAUCUCGCUGCUAAUUUUUUUUUUUUUUUUACAUAAUUCGUUACUGUGUAUAUUCGUCAAAGCAACACGUUCAAGAUUCGCAAGCGCGCGCGUGAAACAAGCAUGAUAUAUAAGUGAGAAAAAAAGAGAGAUGAGCGAUUUUAUUGUCAUUACCACUAUCCACUAACGACUCUCAAUACCAAUUAUGAAUAGAUAAAGGUAUGAAUCAAUUAUUUAUAAUAAGCGUUAGAAGAUUGUAAUGAUGAAUAAAUACACAUAACACACCAAGUGAUAUCUAUUUAAACGUAAUAAUUAAUUAUAGAAAAAAAAACGUAUCGUAUAGACGGAAUCAUCAACAAUGGCUGCAAUUGUAAGAAUCGAUAUUUAAUUAAUAAAAAAAAAAAUAAAUGUGAGUCUCGAUAAGAAAACGUAAACAAAAUGAGAAAAAAAGCAAAAAAAAAAAUCAUAACUUCAUUCGUCUCGUCGAUAUCUUUCUAAUAUUUGUUCAGGUUCCUACGAAGUAAGAAAACAGCUGAAAUAUAGACAAAAAAAGUAACCAACGACAAAUGUGUAUAGUCGCAAAAGUGAAAGAAAGUCCACUAUAAGCAAUGUUUAAUUUAUAAUUUUAUUUUUUAUUUUCGAGAAAAAAAAAC